CGCGCAGCGGGGGUGCCCACACCCCCGGAGUGGGGCCGACCGCCCGCUUCGGAGGGGCUGGAGCCCGCGCCGGAUGUGGAUUGGGGACGCGGCCGGAGUUCGCGCCUCCCCGCCCCCGCGGAAGCGACCGGGCCGUGUCUGGCGGCGGCGGCCGGGGCGCGGGCUCAGGCCCCCUCUGAGCGCCGCCGGGUCCUAUAAUUGCGGCGCGGCCGGGCUCGGCGUCCGAGCCAUGUCCGCGCCGGGGUCCCGGCCGCUGCGGCUCCCAGGCGGCUCCCCGCUCCCCGCGCUCCCGCCCCGCGCGCCCCCGCCGCCCCCCGCGGGCGCCGCCCCGCCGGUGCCGCAGCGCCGCAAGCGCACGUCGUUCAGUGCCGAGCAGCUGCGCCUCAUGGAGCUCGUCUUCUGCCAGACGGCGUAUCCCGACAUCCAGCUGCGCGAGCACCUGGCCGUGCGCACCCGGCUGCCCGAGGCGCGCAUCCAGGUGUGGUUCCAGAACAGGCGUGCCAAGUCCCGGCGACAGAAUGGGAAAUCCUUUCAGUAUGCAGCCAAGCGGGAGCUUUUCCUCCACUCGUCAGCUCCUGGGAAGCCGCUUCCACUGCCGCCAGCACCACCACAACCGCUGCAGCCGCCGCCGCUGCCGCCACCGCCACCUCUGGAAGUGGACCUGAACUGCGGGUCCUACCCCAGCUGGGCUGCAGGGGGCCACUCUGACUGUGACUCCCAAACCCAGAAUUUUGAAACCGAUUCCACUCUCUCUGAAGACUUCAGCUCAAAGCUAGACUCGUGGGAGGAGCAUAUUUUUUCCACCUUUGGUAACUUUUGAGAAUUCUGAGAGCACUUGGGUUAGCUCAGAGGAGUAGUCACAGAUGGAAGAUGCUAGAAUACUGGCCCACCUGGCUUCCCUGUCAACAGGUCUCUGUUUAGCUUGGUGACAGUGGACAGCGAGCUCUCACCUCGGAGGCUUCCUCCUCUUAUCCCAAGGACUCCCCACAGCGCAUCUCUUCAUAGCCACCUUUCUGGCCAGGACUCUGGAUUCCUGUGGGCUCGGCACACUGGACUUAGCUGAAGCUAUCAUGAUUUUUGGACUAGUUGUUCAGAUUUCAUGAUUUUCUUUGCAAGAAUCCUUUGGCUUGACAGUUUCUCUUUGUGCAUGACAGCGCUGCCUUCUGCCUGUCCUACCUGUGUGCAGGGCUUGAAACCUUAAAUGCACUCUAAUCCAUAUUCUCUACCCUUUUCCUGUCACCAGGAUUUCUUUCUUUUGUAUUUAAAUUUAUUUUUAAUGUCUAUUAGUGUGUGUGCAGUUUCCAUUCAUCAUGGGGAGCUGGUGCACAGACAGGACACAUCUUAGUUCUUCCCUUUUCCUCCUGCUCCUCCUUCCACCUCUUGUUUUGUCAAAGUGAGUUUUUUUUUUAACGGACAAGUAAAAAUGAUAUGCGUUGCGUCAUAAAGUGUGAUGUAUUGAUUGGAAAAUGGCUAAAGUGAGCAGUUUAAUAAGCAGGAUUUCACAGACUUACUGAUUUGUGAUGAAACCCUAAAGUCUACUAUCUUAGCCUCUUUCAAGUAUGUAAUAUAUUAACUGUAGUCAUGAUGUACAAUAGAUCUCCCUUUUUGGGGGCUACCAAGGAUUGAACUCACAACCUCACACUUGCCAGGGAAGUGCUUGAGCUGCGGAGCUAAAUCCCUAGCCCCUUACAACUGAUCUCUUGAAUAUUUUCUCCUAACUGAAAUUCUCUGUCCUUGGACCAGCAUGUCCCCAGGCCCUCAAGUUUUUUUCAUUUGGCCUGUGGCCUUUGUGCUUAGUCACCAGUGACACAUUUCAGAUUAUUUGAAGAGCUCCCUUGCUCCUAGCUAUCACUUUUGUGGUGGGGGACAACCAGGGAUUCAACUCAUGACUUUGUACUUGCCAGUCGGGCCCUUUUGCCACUGAGCUAAACCCCUGUCCCCCUAACUAUCACUUUAACAAAGUUUCCCUUUGGGAAUCUGCAGCAGCCUAGAUCUGAUUGCCAUUAAAUCAUCAGACUGUCUGGAAAGCUGAUGUCAUCUUUAAUCCACAGGACAGCUGUUUGAAUCUUAGGUUCCCUGUGUGUGCGGUGUCCCUCAUUUCUUUAGGAUUAACCCACCCUUUCAGCAGUCUGAGUUUUGUGUCUGUAAACUGAUCAGUUAGCAUCACCCUUAGCACUUGGUUUGUACUUCCUUUGCUUCACAAAUGAAUUAUUAAAUGUUUUCCAUUAAUGUC